AUGUUCAAUAAUUGUGUCCUUUCAAUUUUAAGUUUAACUGCAAUUAUUGCUCCAAUUUUCGCACAAGAUGUUUCGGUAUCAGUUUCUUGUGAUGAAAUCCCAACUGGUUCUUUGGAAACUACACCAUAUUCUACUACAGUUAGAAAUGUUGUUCACAACGGAGUUACUGAACAAAUGUUAUUCGAAUAUUAUAAAUCUGUGACCUAUGUUGAGGAUUGUAACCCAACUUCAUUGACGACAACCGCCAGUGCGUCUGCUACAACUAUUACUAUUUUCUAA